UAUCAUAUUAUAUGUUUUGGAAUGAUUCCCCGUAAGAGUUCAUUUAUUAGAAACAAUGGAAAGAAUAUAUCUACAAAAUUAUUCAAAAAGGAAGUUGUAAUGUUGUUAUAUCAUCUAUGGCUCUAAUAUGAUAACUAUGGAUUUAUUUCAUAUUCCUUUCUCCCUAAUAGUACUUUCAUCUGUAUUUAUAACAAACUGCUAUGGAGAUACAACAGUAACUCAGUCUUCAACACUUAAGACAACACUCACAACACAUGAAUCAACACUUACCACACAUAAAGCAACACUCACAACACCUGAAAAAAUGAUGGAUACAACCAAAGAACAGAUAUCAGAAAAUUCUACCGUUUCUAGUGCUACAAUCAAGCCAACAAUUAAAGAUGAAAGACCUGACUAUAUAUGGAUAGCUUAUGUGGUGGUGUUAGCUUUACUGCUCCCAUUAGUUGGUGUGUUCAUUGUCAAUUACAUUCGAGGAGUAAGACGAGAUAAAACGCAAGAAAAAGAACACAAUUCACCGUACGGUGACCUAUAAAUAUUAACAUUUGUGUCAGUUGGUCUCAAGUAGAGAAAUGUCUCAAUGCUAAUCAUGACACAUCUUCUUAUUUUCAAAUAUACGAAUGCAAUAUCGUAUACACAUAAUGUGUCCAAAUACUUUUAAAACUACUUGAGUGUCUUAUUUUUUUGGUAUUUAUUUGUAAAUAAACGUCAGUAGGAUUUACGAUAGGUAUCAAAUUGAUUAAGAAUUAUUAGAAUGUAUUGUUUUUUGUUUUGUUCUGAGUAAAAAACAAGAUGGAUUAAACGAAAAUCCUGAUAUGGCGUU